AUGACCCAGCGCGGGUACCAGGCGAGAACCAGACACGUGUUCAACCAGGAUCGCUUCAACGUCGAGUUCGCCAAUGUGCCCACCGCCAGGGGUUCCCCGGUGACGAGGAUACGGCAUGCCCUGGGCCGCAAGUGGAACAGGAGGCGGGUCAAGUCCAAGCUCCUGGGUUGGUUCCCCAUCGUGACCUGGGUCAGAGAGUACGACCUGAGGCACGACCUUCUGCCCGACUUGCUCACGGGUGUCACGCUAGCAGUGUUCCAUGUACCUCAAAGUUUUGGUUACUCAUUACUCGCUGGAGUGUCCCCUAUCUACGGACUCUACACAUCUCUCUUCCCCAUGAUCAUGUACGCCAUAUUCGGCACGUCACGGCAUGCAUCCAUAGGCGCAUUCGCAGUAGUCUCCAUCAUGACCGGCAUCCUCGUAGAAGAAAACAAACAGGAGUACAGUGCGGCCGACGUGGCCGCCACCUUGUCAUUUCUAGUUGGACUAUACCAAUUGGCAUUCCACGCUUUGGGGUUGGGUAGUCUGAGCGUGUUCCUGUCGGAGCAGCUGGUGAGCGGCUUCACGGCGGGAGUGUCGGUUCACAUCGGGUCCAGCCAGUUGCCGGGCCUUUUCGGCAUCAACAUCACACUUUACUCCGGGCCUUUUCUUCUCGUCAAGUCGUACGCCGAGUUCUUUCACAGAAUCGCUGAGACACAUCUACCGACGCUGGCGCUAUCCGCGACCAGCUUCAUCCUAAUGCUCCUCGUGAAGAUCUUGUGCGAUCCAUUCGUCACCAGCAAGAUCGGCGUUCCGGUACCCAUCGAAAUGGUCGUGGUCAUCAUGGGCACGCUGCUGUCGAAGCACCUCAACCUUGAAAGCUACAACAUGUCUGUCAUCGAUCACAUCGCCCACGAGAUGCCGCGUCCCCACCUGCCCGUCUUGGAGGCGCCGUUGCUGUGUCACGUGGCGGCCCCUGCUCUCGCCGUCUCGGUGGUCAGCUACGCCAUCACCAUCUCACUGGGACGCGUAUUCGCCAGGAAGCACAAAUACAUCGUCAAUCCUAACCAGGAAUUCCUGGCCCUGGGGGCUUCCAACUUGUUCGGAGCCAUGUUCGCGUGUUUUCCUGUUGGAGCAUCUGUCCCUCGCAGUUCCAUUCAGGAGGGGGCGGGCGGAAAGACGCAGGUCGUCAGCUUCGUCAAUUCGCUGUUAAUUUUAAUCGUCAUCACCUGCCUCAGCCCAUACUUCGAGAAACUUCCUGUGGCGAUUUUAUCAACUAUCAUCUUCAUCUCCCUUAAAAAGGUAUUCCUUCAGGUCAAAGAUUUCAAGAGGUUCUGGAAAGUUUCUAAAAUCGACGGGAAUAUAUGGCUGGUGUCCUUCCUGGCAACAGUGAUCGUAGACGUCCAGUUCGGCCUCGUCAUCGGAAUCAUUUUUUCUCUCCUCACUCUCGUAUACCAAAUAAAAAAGCCCAAGACCUGCCUUCUAGGCAGCAUACCCAACACUGAUUUCUACGUGCCGCUCAAAAGCUAUGGCUUGGCGUCAGAGAUUUCGAGCGUCAAGGUCUUUCAUUUCGGAGGCCCGAUCCAUUUCGCGAACGCCGAGUACUUUCGCUCCGAGGUCGCCAAGAAGACGGGAAUCAGCACAACGUACACUAAAAAGAAGCCUAAAAGGGUUCCCUUCAGUGACCUGUUCACCUCAAACGGCGUCAAGGGGAGGUCCGUGUCGAUGGUGGGUCGUGCGGCCCCCUCCAGCUAUCUGGGGUCCCCGCCCACGCCCCGAGCGGACUACGGAGCCUCGGAUAUGUUUCUGGUUUCGACGACGACCUGCAUCGUGUUCGACUUUUCCCGCGUCACCUUCGUUGACGGCUCCAGCAUGACUACACUGGUCGAGAUGCUGAAGGAAUACAUGAACCUUGGCAUCACUAUCCUGGUUGCAGCAUGUUCGGCACACGUGUUCUCCAUGCUGAGGAAAGGCGGCAUCUUCGAGAUCCUUCCCACGACCAGCUUCUUCCCGACCGUUCACGACGCCGUACUCCACACGCAGCGCGACAAAAAGGUUUUGAACUUUACGCAUACACUUAUAGUCGGGAACGUUACAGCCUCUCCGAAAAUAAAUUGCACCCCCUAG